UCCACUACCUAUUACAAGACCCGCUAAAAAUGAUAACGUUUGGCUAAUCCUGUUUGGGUGGCGAAACGCUUUGCGGUUUAGUAACCAUUUAAAAUUUGCGGCCAUCACUAUUGUAUGCUUAAGCAAGAAGACUUGUAAAGAUGAGUUUUAGAGGACGAGGUGGUGGAAGAGGAGGAGGUGGAAGGGGAGGCGGACGUGGUGGUUUUGGGCGUGGUGGUGGUAAUUUUCGUCAAUUCGAUACUGGUCCUCCUGAAAAAGUAACUGAAAUUGGUGAAUUCCUACAUCCUUGUGAAAGCGAUCUUGUCUUAAAAUGCACAAAUGAGUUAGUGCCAUACUUUAAUGCACCUAUUUAUCUAGAAAAUAAACAACAAAUAGGCAAAGUAGAUGAGAUUUUUGGGCCAAUCACAGAAUUCUUUUUCUCAGUUAAAUUAUCAGAGGGAAUGAAUGCCUCAUCAUUUAAAAAGCUACAAAAGCUCUUUAUUGAUCCAAAUAAACUCCUACCUUUAUCAAGGUUUACACAGGCUGAAACGAGAGGUGGACGCGGUGGGGGACGUGGUGGAGGAAGAGGUGGGGGUGGCAGAGGAGGAGGUGGCAGAGGAGGAAGAGGUGGUGGUGGACGUGGUGGAUUUAAUUCCAGAGGAAGAGGCGGUGGCGGACGUGGUUUUGGAGGUGGUUUUAGAGGUCGUGGACGUGGACAUUAAAAACUAUUAAGCAACGCCAGAAAUUUGAAUUAGAAGUGUUAGUCAAGUCAAUAAACUGCGAAUUUUGAUGCGUUUUCUUAUUAUAUAGUUAACUGUUGAAAUAAAAGUCGAGAAUUAACAGAAUUUUAAUAAUGUCAUUUUCAAAUAAUAAAAACCUGGUUAAUUUAAAGACGUUUCAAACUGGUUGUAAAAAUAGCUUUGUAUAAAGACUAGUUUUUUUUACUUUAUGAAUAUCAUUAUUAUUGAUGAGCAGCAUUAGAAGAAAUAAAAAAUCAGAUA